UUAGGUCGGGUAUUGAUUAUCUUUCCAGGCUGAUCUUGCACAAUCUUUGAUAUUUCGCUCUCUCCCACUCUCACUCUCUCUCUCACUCUCUCUCUCUCUCUCUAGCUAGCUCAGAGCCUCACUUUGUUUCUCUCACAUACACACACACACACACAUUCCCCAUCUGCACAGAUCCCGGCUAACUCCCCCUUCCUUUCUUUUCUUUCCUACAAGCUGACAUACCAGGGAGCAGUCCGCACUGAUUGCUGCUGGGUGUCCGUUCGCCUUUCUCUUAUUUUUUGCUUUUCUCCCCCCUCCAGUUUUUCUCCAUUGCAACUUGGAUUAGGCAUCUUAAGGCAGGGGAACAAAAAAAACGGUCAAACAGAGAGGAUCCUGGCUGUCAAAAAAAAAACAGUGCCCACAUCUCUUAGCCAGGGAUGUCUGUAAGCUACGUUUUCCCUGUAAAGAUAAAUACAAAUUCUGCAGCAUGAGUUUCCACUCUGGCUCUUCUUCUCAGUAUGCACAACACUAUUUAUGUCAGGCAUUAGGGGCUCCAAGUAUGUGCCUUGCUUCCAGGAAAAUAAAUGCUAUAAUGAUCUGGGUAGUACCAAAAACUUAAGAUUACUAUCGUCAAAUAAAAUAAAGGCUCUCUAAAAUCAAAAACAUGUUAAUUUUUCACCUCUUUUUUUUCGUCUUCCCUUCAUAAAGCUGGUAUGGAUUUCUACAAAGGAAUAAGCAGACCUGCUUUCUCUCUCUGUCAUUUUUUUUUCUUUCUGUUAAAUGGUAAUGGUAUGGUCUGCUAGGUUUAGAUGACCUUGCUGGGGGUGGCCGGCAGAGAAAGGCUGUGGGGGAUGGUUUUUAGACUGUCUCCUGGAGCUUCCUUGUCCUGUGCUGGCUCUCAGCAUCAGGGGCAGGCAUAACUCAUCUCUCCACUCCCUGCUAUCAGCAAACUGACUCUGUGCACACAAUGCAACUGACAUAAAAGUCACUAGCUUCCCAGAACAGCCAAAUGAGAAAAAAAAAGGAAAACAAAAUAGGCCAUAAAAAGGUCUCCUGGUCUAAAUGUUCUUUAGCCUAUAGUGCAUUUGGUAUAGAGAAAACACAACAUUACACACUCAGGUUUCUGUUGUCAUCUGUACCAUUGGGAACUGCAUAGUCAUUUUCUGCUGCUAUCUUUCUGCUCAUAUGUUUGCCUUCCUCCGAUUCCAAUCUCCGUUAAUCUGAUUCCAAAUCCUUGCUUUGCCAUGGAGUGGAAGUCGGUGGUGUAGCAGACAAGCUCAUUGCGUUACCUGCAAGUUGUGCGUGAGGUUUAUCGGCAUCUGCCGAGGCAAGAGCUGCAAGGGAGAGCAGAACAGUCAGCUUCCUUCUCUAUUAACCCUCGGCGCUCUUUCAGGGAUUUAUCCAUAUUUCUUUAAAAUGAAAGGAAUAAAUGAUCAGGCUCAUGCCAAAAAAAGGAGAAAAAAAAAAGAAUUUGUAACAAAGGGGAGGGGGGCUUGAUGAGAGUAAAACAAAGCCAACUUCAUGCUGAAGAUGGUGGCUAAUAUUUAUCCAAACAGGCUGCUGUGACGGAAGUCUGACCAUCCCGUUGUCUGACAGUUGCAUUUCCUCUCCUUCAUUCCAUUUUCCUUUUUUUUUUUUAUUAACCCUUCUCCCUUUUAAUCAGUGCUGAUGUAGAUGGCAGGCAAAGGAGGUUAUACAUUUUCUCUUCUCCUGGAUUUUCAGUGACUUGAUCCUUGUAAGCAAUCAACGCUGAAGAGCCCAGAAAAUGUAAUAUUUGAGGUAUUGAGCAAGCGGAGGCUGUGAAAUAUGCAGCCCAGCCUGUGGGGCUGCUGCUUAGAUUGAGGUAGAGACUUGGCUGCGAUUGGGACACGACAGUGACAUGGGCAUCGAUCGCUUCCAUUGAGAGCAAUGCAAAAACACAGCCUGGGUCCCUGACAGGCGGGAUGAAAUGAGAUCCACAUGUAGCAAUUGCCAUGGAAACCUGUGACUCUCCUACUAUCUCAAGGCAAGAAAAUGGGCAGAGCACAUCAAAGCUAUGUGGAGCGACACAACUUGAUAAUGAGGUGCCAGAAAAAGUUGCAGGGAUGGAACCUGACAGGGAAAACAGCUCUUCAGAUGACAACCUGAGAACGGACGAGUGCAAGAGUGAAAUAUUACUGGGUUUCAGUGUAGAGAAUGCAGUUGCCACUCAGGUUGCCUCAGCUAAAGAGAUACCCUGCAACGAAUGCGCCACUGCGUUCCCCAGUUUACAAAAAUACAUGGAACACCACUGCCCCAACGCUCGCCUUCCUGUCUUGAAGGACGACAAUGAUAGCGAAGUAAGCGAGCUAGAGGACAGUGAUGUGGAGAACUUACUAGGGGACAUAGUUUACCAGCCUGAUGGAUCAGCUUAUAUAAUUGAGGACUCCAAAGAUAGUGGGCAGAAUGCACAACAAGGAGCAAAUAGUAAUCUCUUUUCUACAGCAAUGUUUCUGGACUCGCUUACGGCGGCUGGAGAGAAGAGUGAUCAGUCUGUUUCAGCGUCCAUGUCUUUCUACCCACAGCUCAUCAACACUUUUCAUAUCGCUUCAUCCCUCGGGAAACCAUUUACAGCCGAUCAGGCUUUCCCAAAUACCUCAGCAUUAGCAGGAGUUGGUCCUGUAUUGCACAGUUUCCGUGUCUAUGAUCUCCGACAUAAGAGAGACAGAGACUAUCUUACCAGUGAUGGCUCAGCCAAAAACUCCUGUGUGUCCAAAGAUGUUCCAAACAAUGUGGACUUGUCUAAAUUUGACGGUUGCGUUAGUGAUGGGAAAAGGAAACCUGUUUUAAUGUGUUUCUUGUGCAAGUUGUCAUUUGGUUAUAUUAGGUCAUUUGUAACCCAUGCUGUGCAUGAUCAUCGGAUGACCCUUAAUGAUGAGGAGCAAAACCUUCUCAACAACAAAUAUGUGUCUGCCAUAAUACAGGGGAUUGGCAAGGACAAAGAACCUCUUAUAAGCUUUCUGGAACCAAAAAAACCCAAUUCUGUUUCCCCCCACUUUUCUACUACCAACCUUAUAGGCCCCGAUUCAACUUUCCAUGGGUUAUGGAGUGCUUUUCAUGUUGAAAAUGGUGACUCUUUGCAGGCGGGAUUUGCUUUUUUGAAAGGUAGUGCAAGUACCGCCAGCACAACAGAGCAGUUCCAUGGGGUCAACCAAAUGCCAAAGGCUGAAGCAAACCUAGGGGGCGUGUCUAGUCCAAAACCAAACACCCCAGUUACCUCUGUGUCCCACAGCCACUUAUCGUCUGACUCCAAAAAACAGGUGGAGAGUAAAGACCAAGACAACAACUGUGAAAGGCAAAGAGAGAACAGUCGCUCACAUCCUAAUGGGGAGUUACCCAUUAAAAGUGAACCUGUUGAAGGGGUAGAUGAAGAAGAUUCAUAUCCUAAUGAACUUGAUGAAGAAGAGGUUUUAGGUGACCUAGCAGAUAGUAUUGGUAGCAAAGAUUUCCCGCUCUUAAACCAAAGCAUUUCUCCUUUAUCAUCCAGUGUGCUAAAAUUUAUUGAAAAGGGUACCUCUUCCUCCUCGGUGACGGUUUCCGAUGAAAGGAAAAAGCAAACUGCUGUACUUUUAACUAAUAGCAAUGUUACCAGUAGCUUUAACAUUGGUGGCAAGGACUUUGAGGAUCCAAGCGCCAGUAAGGACUGUGCAACUUCACUUUCACCAAAUGAAACCGUUAGAGGAGAAGAAGACAAUUCUAUUACUCCUCACCAGCACAGCUUUGUACCUGGCACUCUUGGCACAGACGAGGGCUCACCAGGAAAUGGUAUAGAGUGUCCCAAGUGUGACACAGUUCUGGGGUCCUCGAGGUCGCUUGGUGGCCACAUGACAAUGAUGCAUUCUAGAAACUCUUGUAAAACUUUAAAAUGCCCCAAAUGCAACUGGCACUAUAAGUAUCAGCAGACUCUAGAGGCCCAUAUGAAGGAGAAACACCCAGAGUCAACUGGCACUUGUGCUUAUUGUAAGACUGGACAGCCUCACCCUCGGCUUGCCAGGGGUGAAAGUUACACUUGUGGCUAUAAACCCUUCCGUUGCGAGGUUUGUAACUACUCUACAACUACCAAAGGCAACCUCAGUAUUCAUAUGCAGUCAGACAAGCACCUAAAUAAUGUCCAGAACCUACAGAAUGGGAAUGGUGAGCAGGUCUAUGGCCACACAUCCCCAGCACCCAACACAAGCCUCAGUGGCUGUGGGACACCAUCUCCUUCUAAACCAAAACAAAAACCCACCUGGCGUUGUGAGGUGUGUGAUUAUGAAACCAAUGUGGCAAGAAAUCUUCGUAUUCACAUGACCAGUGAAAAGCACAUGCACAACAUGAUGCUUUUGCAACAAAACAUGAAACAGAUCCAGCACAAUCUGCACUUGGGCCUUGCACCAGCAGAGGCAGAGCUUUAUCAGUACUACCUAGCCCAAAAUAUAGGGAUGACUGGGAUGAAACUGGAAAACCCAGCUGACCCUCAGAUGAUGAUAAACCCAUUCCAGCUUGACCCUGCCACAGCUGCAGCACUGGCUCCAGGACUUGUAAAUAAUGAGCUGCCGCCUGAAAUCCGGCUUGCCAGUGGUCAGCUAAUGGGUGAUGACCUGUCCCUCCUUACUGCAGGAGAGCUGUCACCUUAUAUCAGUGACCCAUCGUUGAAGCUUUACCAGUGUGCUGUUUGCAACAGAUUCACCUCUGACAGUCUGGAGGCCUUGAAUGUGCAUGUGAGCAAUGAACGGUCUUUGCCUGAAGAGGAAUGGAGGGCUGUAAUUGGAGACAUCUACCAAUGCAAGCUUUGUAACUACAACACGCAGCUGAAAGCCAACUUCCAGCUCCACUGCAAAACUGAUAAACAUAUGCAGAAGUACCAACUGGUGGCUCAUAUCAAAGAAGGGGGCAAACCCAAUGAAUGGAGACUCAAGUGCAUCGCAAUUGGCAACCCGGUGCAUCUGAAGUGCAAUGCUUGUGAUUACUACACCAACAGCGUGGAUAAAUUACGCCUACACACCACCAAUCACAGGCAUGAGGCGGCCUUGCGGCUAUACAAGCACUUGCAAAAACAGGAGAGCACAGGGAAUGCUGAUUCCUACUAUUACUACUGUGCUCUCUGCGAUUACUCCACGAGGAUCAAGUUGAACUUGGUACAGCAUGUUCGUUCAGUGAAGCACCAGCAGACAGAGGGUCUACGCAAGCUUCAGUUACACCAGCAGGGUCUUUCACCAGAUGAGGACAGCCUGAGCGAGAUCUUCUUUGUAAAAGACUGCCCACUGAACGAUCCUGAAGAACAAGCAGAAGAAUCGGAGGAAACUCCAAAACUCCAAUCUGCAGCCCAAGCUGAGGAGAGAUUUACGCAUGAGAAAGACAGCAGUGAAGGCAAGGCAGCAAAGGAUUCAGGUUCUGGAACUUACGCACCUGACAAGGAGCCUUCUCUGAAUUCUGUAAAGAGGCAGUUAAACCAAAGUAAAGAAGAGGAUGGUGCAGCUAAGAGAUCAAGAACGGCUGAGGAAAAUAGUGUUUGCCAAGAACAGUGCUAUCAGUGUCCCUACUGCAACUACAGCAGCAAAGACUCCAACCGGAUUCAAAUGCACAUCAUCUCCCAGCAUUCCGUGCAGCCUGUGAUUUCCUGCCCUCUCUGCCAAGAUGUUCUCAGUAACAAAAUGCAUCUGCAGCUGCACUUGACCCAUUUGCACAGUGUGUCUCCAGACUGUGUAGAAAAGCUCCUCAUGGCAAUUUCAGUGCCAGAGGUUGUGAUGCCAAACAGUAUAUUGCUGCCACCGGCUGCACUUGACAAGAUGGAAGCAGAGAAGCCUGCAGCUGCAACCACUGAGUCAUCUGGGAAACUCACAGGUGACCCUCCAACAGAGGAAAAAAACAUCCAAGGUGGAGAUGAUUUAAAGGCUGGAGUUGAAAUUAAAACAGAAGAGCAAAACAUGUUUAAGGAAUCAUUGGAUACCCCUGAAUGGAACAAAUCUGUCAACAAAGAUGCAAAGCACUGCGAGUUACUAACUGAUCAAUUAAGUGAACAGCAAAAGAGGCAGCAGCUUUCUGUUUCUGAUCGCCAUGUUUAUAAAUACCGCUGUACCCACUGUAGUUUGGCUUUUAAGACUAUGCAGAAGCUUCAGAUACAUUCCCAGUAUCAUGCUAUUCGGGCUGCCACCAUGUGCAGCCUUUGCCAACGCAGCUUCCGUACAUUCCUUGCUUUAAAAAAACAUUUGGAAACGGGCCACCCUGAGCUAAGCGAGACUGAACUACAGCAGCUUUGUGCAACCUUACCUGUAAAUGGGGAGCUCUGGGCUGAAAAUGAAAGCAUAGCCCCAGAUGAGCACUCCCUGGAGCAGGACACGGAGCGUGAUUAUGAGAUGGACCAUGAAGGAAAGGCUAGCCCAGUUGGGAGUGACAGUAGCUCCAUUCCAGAUGACUUGGGCACAGAACCAAAGCGGACUUUGCCUUUUAGAAAAGGGCCAAAUUUUACUAUGGAAAAAUUUUUAGAUCCAUCACGACCAUAUAAAUGUACAGUGUGUAAAGAAUCCUUCACUCAAAAGAACAUUCUUUUGGUCCAUUAUAAUUCUGUGUCUCAUUUGCAUAAACUUAAAAAGGUCUUGCAAGAAGCAUCAAGUCCAGUUCCUCAAGAGACCAACAGCAGCACUGACAACAAACCAUUCAAGUGCAGCAUUUGCAAUGUUGCAUACAGCCAAAGCUCUACAUUGGAGAUUCAUAUGAGAUCCGUUCUUCACCAAACUAAGGCAAGGGCUGCAAAACUAGAACCAAGUAGUAACAAUACUAGUGGGAGUACCAUAGCAGGGAAUAUUAGCAGCCCAAGCCAAGGGAUGCUGGAUUCCAUGGGUUUGCCACAUGUAAACAACAAAGAACCCCACCUAGAUGCCAAAGAAAUAAACAAAAAGCAAGCUCAUGAGGUUAUUCCUACCCAACAUCAACAUCACCCACAACAGUCACCAGCACAGCUUCAAAUGCAACUGCAGCAUGAACUGCAACAACAAGCUGCAUACUUUCAGCCCCAAUUUUUAAACCCAGCAUUUCUUCCUCACUUUCCAAUGACUCCAGAGGCUCUUGUUCAGUUCCAGCAGCCACAGUUUCUUUUCCCAUUUUAUAUUCCUGGGACAGAGUUUAGUCUAAAUCCUGAUUUAGGACUACCUUCCUCUGCUGCAUUUGGAAUGCCCGGGAUGGCAGGAUCAUUCCUCGAAGAUUUAAAGCUUCAAAUUCAAACACAACACCAGGUUGGGCAGACCCAGCUACACAUGCUACAACAGCAAGCACAGCAGCAGGCACAGCAGUAUCAAACCACACAAUCUCAGCAUCAACCACAAAAGCAACACCAUUCCAACAGGAUAAUGAAACAAGAACAAAGCAAUGUUAGUGUGUCUGAAUGCCAGCUUACAAAAGAUACAUCAUGUUACAGAGAACACGAAGAGGUCUCUGAAAAGCAAGAAAAGCCAAAGCAAGAAGUUGCAAAUGAAAAUGAUGCUCCAAAAGACAGCAAAGAUGUAAAGAAGCAAAGAUCAUUAGAACCUACUUUUCCACCACCUCGUAUUGCUUCUGGCGCUAGAGGAAAUGCAGCAAAAGCUCUACUAGAAAAUUUUGGAUUUGAAUUGAUUAUACAAUAUAAUGAAAACCGACAAAAAGUUCAAAAGAAAAACAGGAUUGGGGAAAAUGAAAAUAAUGAGAAGCUAGAAUGUGGUUCAUGUAGUAAGUUAUUUUCAAAUAUUUUGAUCCUAAAGAGUCACCAAGAACAUGUGCAUGGACAGUUCUUUCCAUAUGGAGAGCUGGAGAAAUUUGCUCGCCAGUACAGAGAGGCAUAUGAUAAGCUUUAUCCAAUUGCACCACCUUCUCCAGAAACCCCUCCACCACCACCACCACCACCUCCUCCACCUCCUUCUGCACCUCCAACACCGGCUCCACCUCCACCCCCACUUACACCAUCUGUACCAGUGAAGAUUCCAAGUUCAACCCCAACACCGUUGCAAGCUCCACCACCAACUCCUCCACCCCCUCCACCACCUCCACCCCCUCCGCCACCACCCCCUCCACCACCGCCACCAUCAGUUCCUCCUCCAGUUCAACUUCCAGUCUCAUUGGACCUUCCCCUCUUUCCUUCAAUUAUGAUGCAGUCUGUUCAGCAUCCUGGUUUACCUCCACAACUUGCACUGCAGCUUUCUCCAAUGGAUGCUUUAUCUGCAGAUCUUACACAGAUGUGCCAGCAACAGCUGGGCUUAGAUCCAAAUUUCCUGCGACAUUCCCAGUUUAAACGCCCACGUACAAGAAUAACAGAUGACCAGCUGAAGAUACUACGUGCCUAUUUUGACAUUAAUAAUUCUCCUAAUGAGGAUCAGAUACAGGAGAUGGCUGAAAAAUCAGGUCUUUCCUUGAAAGUUAUCAAACACUGGUUUAGAAACACUUUAUUUAAGGAACGUCAAAGAAACAAAGAUUCACCAUACAAUUUCAGUAAUCCCCCUAUAACUGUUCUUGAGGAUAUAAGAAUUGAGCCACCACUAUCUUCCCUAGAUACUCUUAGGUCAGACUCCGCUUUUAGCAAAAGGUCAUCAAGAACCAGGUUUACAGACUAUCAGCUAAGAGUUUUACAGGACUUUUUUGACACUAACGCAUACCCAAAAGAUGAUGAAAUAGAACAACUAUCCACCGUUCUUAACUUGGCAACACGGGUUAUUGUUGUCUGGUUCCAAAAUGCUCGUCAAAAAGCUAGAAAAACUUACGAAAAUCAAGCUGACACUAAAGACAGUGAAAAAAGAGAGCUAACCAAUGAGCGCUAUAUCCGUACUAGCAACAUGCAAUAUCAAUGUAAGAAAUGCAACGUUGUAUUCCCCAGAAUAUUUGACUUAAUUACACAUCAGAAAAAGCUAUGUUAUAAGGAUGAAGAUGAUGAUCUUCAAGAUGAAAGCCAAACUGAAGAUUCAAUGGAUGCUACAGAUCAAAUCUUGCCAAAGGCAUCCAGUCAAGCAGAGAUAUCAAAAGCCUCAACUAUAACAACAGUGAGCUCUGGUUCAGGCUCAAGUACACCAUUAAUUCCAUCUCCAAGACCAGAGUUUGGUAAAACUUCACCAAAACCUGAUGUGCAAAAUGAAAAACCAAAGCAAAUUGAUGCUAUUGCUAGCUCUUUAGCCUCCAAAUUAAUUCAGUCCAGUUCUACAUCAUCUGACACACAGCCUUCACUGUCAGUAUCUGUAUCUCAGCAAAGGCAGUCUCAGCAAAUUGCAAGACCUCCAUCUGCAUCACAAACCACUCCUGUUCCAUCUAGCCCAUUACCAAUAUCUCUAACUUCAUUGCCAAACAGCCUACCUCCUCAGAUGCUACAAUACCAAUGUGAUCAAUGUACAGUGGCUUUCCCAACUUUGGAACUGUGGCAGGAGCACCAACACAUGCAUUUCUUAGCUGCCCAAAAUCAGUUUCUCCACUCACAGUUUUUAGAAAGGCCUAUGGACAUGCCAUAUAUGAUUUUUGAUCCUAACAAUAUGGCAGGACAGUUACUUGGCAGUUCUAUGUCUCACAUGGCUCCACAGGCUGGUGGACCACAUAGUGCCACAUCUGUGUCUGUUUCCCUAAAAAGGAAGAUGGAUGACAAAGAUGAUAAUAACUGCAGUGAGAGGGAGGGUGGCAACAGUGGUGAGGAUCAACAUCGAGAUAAACGACUAAGAACCACUAUUACCCCAGAGCAACUAGAAAUACUUUAUGAAAAAUAUCUGUUGGAUUCUAAUCCAACACGAAAGAUGCUUGAUCAUAUUGCUAGAGAGGUGGGCCUAAAAAAAAGAGUGGUGCAAGUUUGGUUUCAAAAUACAAGAGCCAGAGAAAGAAAAGGUCAGUUCAGAGCUUUAGGUCCAGCUCAAUCUCAUAAAAGAUGCCCAUUUUGCCGUGCACUAUUUAAAGCAAAGUCAGCAUUAGAAAGUCAUAUUAGGUCUCGACAUUGGAAUGAGGGAAAGCAGGCUGGUUAUAGUUUGCCACCAAGUCCUCUUGCUGGAAUGGAUGAUGGUGGUGAAAGCCCAAAUAAAUAUAUGUUUUUUGAUUAUCCGACACUUCCAAAGAAUGACCAGUUCAGUGAAAAUGAUAUGCCUUCUACUGUUUCCACACCAGUAAGCAAAAAUGCUGAGCUAUCACCGAAGAAUCUUUUAAGCCCAUCAUCUUUUCGGGCAGAAUGCAAUGAAGACAUAGAGAACUUGCAUCAACCUCAUGUGGAAAGGUUUGAUCAAAGCAAAAACGAUUUUGAUGAAACAUCAUCAAUUAACACAGCAAUUAGUGAUGCUACUACAGGGGAUGAAGGAAACAAUGAUGUAGAAAACAUGACUGUUAGCUCUAAAUAUUUAAAAACUCCCAAAGAACCAAAAAUUCAAAUGAAUGAUAGUUUGCCAAAAACAGGAACUACUCCCACAAUUGAUAACUGUGACGAGAGUUUCUUCUUUUCUCUGACAAAUACAUCACACAAUAGCAUGGACAGAGAAAGUGAUCUUGACCAAAGUAUAUACAUGACUGAUGAGUAUGAGGACAAUGCUGACCGCAGUGAAACAUCCAGUAUUGCAGAUCCAGAUCCAAGUUCACCAAACUCUUUCGGUAGCAACAGCCUCUUCAAAGCCAAAAAUCAUGACCGACCAGGUCAUAAACGCUUCAGAACUCAAAUGAGUAAUGUUCAACUAAAAGUUCUCAAAGCUUGCUUUUGUGAUUAUAGGACUCCAACAAUGCAAGAAUGUGAAAUGCUGGGCAAUGAGAUUGGUCUUCCCAAACGUGUUGUCCAAGUUUGGUUUCAAAAUGCACGGGCAAAAGAGAAGAAAUUUAAAAUAAACAUAGGAAAGCCUUUCAUGAUUAACCAAACUGGGCCAGAUGGAACCAAACUUGAGUGUUCUCUUUGUGGGGUAAAAUAUUCAGCACGCAUAUCCAUUCGAGAUCAUAUAUUUUCAAAGCAACACAUUACAAAGGUGAGAGAAACAGUGGGAAGCCAGCUUGAUCGUGAGAAGGACUAUUUGGCCCCUACUACUGUUCGUCAACUGAUGGCACAACAAGAACUGGAUCGGAUAAAGAAGGCUUCAGAUGUUUUGGGAUUAACUGUUCAGCAGACGAGUAUGCUGGAGAGUAGUUCUCUUCAUGGUCUCAAUCUGUCAUCUUACCAAGGGCUACCUGGCCUUCCUUCAGUUCUCCUUCCUGGGAUGAACAGCCCAUCUCCAUUGCCUGGGUUUACACAGAGUGCAAACAAUUUGACAUCUCCUGGUGCCGGCAUGCUUGGGUUCCCUACGUCAGCUUCUCCAUCUCCUGCCCUCUCUCUUAGCAGUGCACCCACUAAAUCUUUGCUGCAGACUCCCCCACCACCACAUCAUCCACCAUCCCAUCCAUCCUCGUCAUCAUCCUGUUUAUCAGGACAGCAGACAGAUCAACAAAACAAAGACUUGGAAAAAAAUCUUAAGCGACACAAAUUCAAAAAGAUCAAAGAGGAGGAAUCAGAGGCUGCAAAAUCUGAAAUUAGGCAAUCUAAAAAAGAUGAAAAAAUCUCAUCUGCUCUUUCCAUGUUGGGCAAAGCUGAAACAUAUAUGGACCCUGCUCAUUUGCAAGCACUUCAAAAUGCUUUCUCUGGUGACCCAUCUUCUUUUAUAGGUGGACAGUUCUUGCCAUAUUUUAUUCCUGGCUUUGCUUCAUACUUCACACCCCAGCUUCAUGGAACAAUGCAAGGUGGUUAUCUCCCUCCAAUGUGUGGGAUGGAAAGUCUCUUCCCAUAUGGUCCAGCAGUGCCUCAAACGAUUGCUGGCUUAUCACCUGGUGCAUUGUUACAACAAUACCAACAGUAUCAGCAGAGCCUGCAGGAUUCACUGCAAAAACAACAAAAACAACAGCAGCAGCAGACGCCGCCACAGCAAGACCAAAAAUCUUCACACGUAAACUCGCCUAACAUAGAAAAUGAACGACAGCAAAAGUCAAAUGAAGAGUUGGAAAAGAAGGCAGAAAAGAUUCCUGCCACAGAAAGCACAAAAGAAGAACCCCAAACACACCCAAAAAGUGCAGACUUAUCAGACAAUUGCAUUGUUCCAUUUGUCAAGCAUGAAUUUAUAUGCAGAAAGUGCCAGAUGAUGUUUACUGAUGAAGAGGCAGCAGUAAACCAUCAAAAGUCCUUCUGUUACUUUGGUCAGGCUUUAUUUGACCCACAAGAAACAGUGCUUCGAGUCCCAGUCAACAAACAUAAGUGUCUUGCCUGUGAUGUGGCUAUUAGCGGAAAUGAAGCACUUAACCAACACCUCCAAUCAAGCUUGCACAAAGAGAAAACAAUCAAACAAGCAAUGAGAAAUGCCAAAGAGCAUGUUAGAUUAUUACCUCACUCAGUCUGCUCCCCUAGUCCUAACACCACAUCUACCUCGCAGUCUGCAGCUUCUUCUAAUAACACCUAUCCUCAUCUUUCUCGCUUAUCCAUGAAGUCCUGGCCAAAUAUUCUUUUUCAAGCAUCUGCCAGGAAAGCUGCUUCUUCCCCUUCUUCUUCUCCUCCUUCCCUCUCCUUGCCUUCAACGGUUACCUCAAGUUUGUGC